UCAUAACACAGGUCACAGAUUAGCUGCCUGAUUUAUCCAUCAUUCAAUUGAUGAGUUAAUACCUUCCUUGUCUCUCCCCUACGCGGAUUUUUUAAUUAACUGUGACUGACUUUAUCGGAUGAUUGAGGAGUCGUUUCCCGGGGAAACUAUAAAAAUGCCCGGACUUUGAGGGCUUAUUUUUAAUAGAGUCUUUUGUGUGCCUUCGCGCGCUAUGGCGCAUUUGGAAUUACUUUUCUUUGCUUUGUGCAUCAGUGCGGUGAUUUGUGUGGAUUUUGGGGGACGUCCAUUGCCAUUGAACGACGACGGGCAACCAGGAUGUCGUACACGUAGGGAAUUUGGGAGAUUUUGGCGAAAUCAUCAAGAUCCAUCGCGUUAUUGGGAAUGUACGGCAUGGGCUGUGGGUGCUGAGGUGAGGCACUGUCCACAGUACACGCAGUUUCAGGAAGAAUGGCAGACGUGCGUUCCGGAACAUAUGUGGCAGUGGUCACCACCUAUGUCACCACCAAGUCGCCCCACGGAUACAGUGAAUCCCUGUGAGCCUCUAGAUCUUCCAGCACCGUGCCCAACCACUCCAUGCCCACCCUGUCCACCUGAUGGCACCACCACGACCACAGCAUGCCCACCGUGUCCUCCUGACCCUGAGACUCCCCCGGAGGAACCCCCACCGGACAAUGGGCUUUGCUUUGGACCACCACCAGCCAAUGGUGGGCUCUCUUGCCUCCCACCUACGUGCACGGCUGACGAAAUGGCCCGCAAUCUCUUGUUCCCCAGUCGAACACCAACGCGGUUCUACAGAUGUGCCGGCAUUGGGUUCCCUGUUACCAUUGAGUGUGCCCCCGGGACGUGCUUCCACUUUGCCCAUCAAGUCUGUGUCAAUCCACAGGAUUGGGAAAAUUCCUGCUCUGCAUCAUUCUUCUGAUUGGAAUUUUAAAUUUAAUUGCUGCAAUUUCUGUUAAAAAAAAACUUGAAAUAAAAUAAAAAUUGAUACAGAUUGAUGGUUAAUGCGAGAAUACUUAAAUUCUUUUUUGAAUGAAAUAUAUUUUUUUUAAUUCUUAAUUGCAGUAAUAAUUUUUUUAGGGGAGAUCUAGUGCUAAAAAAAUUUAAGAACAAUUAUUUUCGGUAAUUUUACUUAAAUAAAUUCGCAAAAGCUUAAUAAAAUUAUCCAGCAUUUAAAA